CGUCAACACUCGAAGCAGGAUUGGCGGUCAUUUUAACUUCCUCAACCUUUUGAGAUUCCUGGAAUCAGAAAUCCCCUCCUACCUGAUUUUUCUUAUUUUACCUCGGUCUUUCUUUGAUUAUGUCUCGCAGAACAUCGGCCAUGGCGUCGAGUGAGCCCAGCAGCGUCCCGCCUUCAAACGACGGAGGCCAAGAAAAGCAGAAAAUGCUUCUAUCUGAAGAACACGGUCAUUUCAGCAUGGUGAAAGCUCUCCACCUUGCCGAUCUGGUUACUGAGUUGAAUGGUUUCUGCGGAGUCAUGUCCGUUUUCUCGUCCAUGCGCUACUGCCUCGGAGAGCCCUCGGACUACGGUGCUAUGUGGGCUGCCCUCGCCUUAAUGCCAUUCGGUCUGUUCUUCGACUUUAUGGAUGGAAAGAUUGCCCGCUGGCGCAAGAAGUCAUCCCUGAUGGGCCAGGAACUGGACUCACUCGCAGAUCUGAUUUCCUUCGGUCUCGCUCCCGCAGCGGCAGCCUUCGCGCUCGGCAUUCGCACAAACGUUGAUCACCUCAUCCUGACCUUCUUCGUUCUGUGUGGUCUCACUCGUCUGGCCCGUUUCAACGUCACUGUGGCUGUUCUGCCCAAGGACAAGAGCGGCAAGUCCAAGUACUUCGAGGGUACUCCCAUUCCUACUACUCUGUAUAUCGCCGGUCUCAUGGCCUACUGUGUGUCCCAAAGCUUGACCCACGAGAACAUUCCCUUCGGACUUAUUGCCGAAGGCACAGCCCUGGAGUUCCACCCCGCUGCUCUGCUAUUUGUCUUGCAUGGUUGCACGAUGGUCAGCAAGACCAUCCACAUUCCCAAGCCAUAGAUGUGGUCGCAUUUGGUCGGAUGAUCUAGUUUUUCAUUUUGGGAAGCCUGGGCUUGUCUCAGCAUUGCGACAAGUGACCACGAAAAUAAAGAACGAGAGAUUCUUUUGUCUAUAAGCAAGCUGAAUGAUUCCACUCCGCUUAAUUGAGAACGAUUUAAUGGUGAGAAGAAACUUACAAGUGAUUCUCAAUAUGAAAUGUAGUGUACGAAUACCAGUCGAUAUGGUCUUAUGCAGCUGGAAUAUAAGCUCUGACCCACCUGCUC